AAAGGGCCGGCGAAUUGCAGGACACUCACGGUGAAAGUGGAAGCGCCUGAGAUGCCCCCAUGCGACUUCAAGCCCGAUCCUUACAAGUGACAUUUUUUGGAUUGUCCGUCUUCAAAGAUGAACUGCGAUGAUUGUGACGAUCUCGUCACCGUCCCGGCGGAGAUCAUCAAUUUCCCGACGGAGGUGCAGAACGCCAUCGACCAAGUCAUACCGAGCCACGACCCCCUCGACCAGGCCGAAUUCAACCCAGUCGACUACAUCAACUCGCUUUUUCCGACUGAACAGUCUCUCUCUAACUUGGACGGUGAGCUCGUCAAAAUGGAAUCGAAAAUCAAAGAGAUCGACGACGAGAUUAGGUCCGUCGUCCGGGGCCAAAGCAACGUGAGCAUGGACGGAAGGGCGGCCCUGGAAGAGGCCCAGAAGGUCAUCAAGCAGCUCUUCAUCCAGAUCACUGAGAUCAAAUGCAAAGCCGAACAGUCUGAAGAGACGGCGAGGGAGAUUACGAGAGACAUAAAACAACUGGACUGCGCCAAGAAAAACCUGACAGCCGCGAUUAACAUGCUGUCGCAUCUCAACAUCCUAGUUAAUGGUGUUGACUCGCUGAAAAAACUGGCUAAGCAGAGACAGUACGGCGAGAUAGUAAUGCCGCUGCAAGGUAUAACUGUAGUCAUGGACCAUUUUGCAUGCUACACAGACAUACCGAAGAUAUCUGAACUGUCAGAGCAGGUGCGGCAGAUACAAGUGUCUCUUGCGAAACAAAUCACAGAGGACUUUCACGAAGCAUUCUCGUCAAAGAAUUUCACUGCAAGCCCGCAGCUGGCCGAGGCGUGUUCUAUUGUGUCAAUACUAGACCCGAAAGUCAAGAAGGAUCUAUUGAAAUGGUUUGUUACGAUACAGUUGAACGAGUACACUGUCCUUUUCCAAGAGAGCGAGGAUACGGCCUGGCUCGACAAGAUCGACAGAAGGUACGCCUGGUUUAAAAAACACCUACUACAGUGUGAAGACAAGUUCGGAACGAUGUUCCCACAGAACUGGGAAGUAUCGGAGCGCAUAACCGUCGAGUUCUGUCAUAUUACAAAAUCUGAACUCACAAAAAUCAUGGCAAAGAGGAAAAAUGAGAUCGAUGUUAAAAUAUUGCUCUUUGCAAUACAGAAAACCGUCGGGUUUGAAAAUCUCCUGGCUAAAAGAUUCACAGGUGUUACACUAGACGAGGUCGAACCGAAAAAAACAGAAAACGGAGAUAACACGUCAAAAUUCACUGGUAUUAUAAGUGAAUGCUUUCAACCGUACUACAAUGUGUAUAUAGAAAGUCUCGACCGUAAUUUGUUCGAGUUGAUGGAGAGGGCGGUGUCAGAUGCGAAAGCUGACUUUGGAAAAGAAGGCAUACCAGGAGAUUCGAUCGGCGUGCUCAACUCCUGUGGUGACAUGUUUCUCUUUUUCAAGAAAUGCUUAUUGCAAUGCGCUCAGCUCAGCACGGGCAAGGCGAUGCUCGACCUCUCACUGACAUUCCAGAAAUACUUGAAAGAAUACGCUUCCAAGGUGCUGCAAAACAACCUGCCAAAGGUUGGUGUGACUUCUUCAAUCACGAAUUUAAAAAGAGACCUUCGCGACUUGUCAACUGGCCUGAUACAAAACUUCUUGAAAGAAGGGGAUGCCGUGAGGUUCAACAAACAAGAAUUGGCACGGAUCUGCUCUAUACUGACAACCGCCGAAUAUUGCCUUGAAACCACGCUGACACUUGAGAAGACCUUAAAAGACAAAAUUGACCCUUUGCUCUCAAACAAGAUAAAUUUAUCAGAAGUGCAAGAUGUAUUUGAUAAUGUAAUAACAAAUUGUAUACAGCUUCUUGUGCAGGAUUUGGAACUCGCUUGCGAACCUGCUCUCACGGUGAUGGCCAAGACACAAUGGCAGAGUAUAGAAUCCGUUGGUGAUCAGAAUUCCUACGUCACAGCGAUAACGACUCAUUUAAAAUCCACUGUUCCAUUAAUUCGAGACAAUCUAUCCUCUUCAAGGAAGUACUUUACAAAGUUCUGCAUUAAGUUUGUAAGCUCUUUUAUACCGAAGUUCAUCCAGAGUAUAUAUAAAUGCAAGCCGUUGAGUACGGCUGGUGCAGAACAGCUUCUUCUGGACACACACACCCUCAAGACAAUUCUCCUUGGCUUGCCUCUCAUUGGGUCGAAGGUGAACCGCGAGCCUCCACCAAGCUUCACAAAGGUCGUAAUAAAGGGGAUGACAAGAGCGGAGAUGAUUCUCAAGGUCGUUAUGAGUCAGACGGAGCCGGAUGAGUCGUUCGUCGAUCAAUUCUUGAAGCUGCUGCCUGAGUCGGACAUACAUGAGUUUCAAAAGCUGCUUGAGAUGAAGGGCCUUCGACCGCCGGACAAGAACCACUUGCUGACACUUUUUCGCAAAAGGCAGCCAAACCUCUCCCAAGCGGUUCUCAACAGCCCUAAGCAUGAAAUCAGCAACAUCCGCAAACUCAACAAUCUAAUCAAGAAAAAUUUCUAAAAGGCUGAUCACAUAGAAAAAAUUAAAAUCGUCAUGUUUUAUAUAUAUAUAUAUAUUAAUUUUUAUUAAUUUAUUAAAGUUUAUAUUUAUUAUUCUGUUGUCUGUUGAUCAUCCAUGAAAUCCUAAAAAAUAGUUUCUUAACCGAAGACCAUCAAGUCUUAAAACCCAUUGCA